GCCGGGAAUCGUGCUGGGCGCGAUGGAGAUGGGGCGGCGCGCGGGCCCUGAGGCGAGCUCCGCCAUGUUGCGCGCCUUCCUGAGGCGCGGACACCGCCUGCUCGACACCGCCCAUAUGUACGCGGGCGGGGAGUCCGAGCGCAUCCUUGGCACGCUGCUGGCCGGCGGGGAGCAGUCGGUGGAAGUGGCCACCAAGGCCAACCCCUGGGAAGGGAAGACUCUGAAGCCAGAGAGUGUGCGGUCACAGCUGAACACGUCCCUGGAGAGGCUGCAGAGGACGAGCGUUGAACUCUUCUAUCUCCAUGCCCCCGACCACGGGACCCCAGUGGAGGAGACGCUGCGUGCCUGCAAUGAGCUGCACAAGGAGGGAAAGUUUAAAGAACUCGGCCUGUCGAACUACGCAGCGUGGGAGGUGGCAGAAAUCUGCACCAUCUGCAAGUGCAACAACUGGCUGAUGCCAACUGUGUACCAGGGCAUGUACAACGCAACCACCCGCCAGGUAGAGCUGGAGCUGUUCCCUUGUCUGAGACACUACGGGCUGCGGUUCUACGCCUACAAUCCGCUGGCUGGAGGGCUGCUGACUGGAAAGUACAAGUAUGAGGACAAAGACACACGCCAGCCCACUGGAAGAUUUUUUGGGAAUGACUGGGCUCAAGCCUACAGGGACAGGUACUGGAAGAAGCACAACUUUGAAGGAAUUGAACUAGUAGAAAAAGCUCUGAAAGAUGCUUAUGGUUCCAAUGCACCAAGCCUGACCUCAGCCGCAUUGCGUUGGUUGUACCACCACUCCAAGCUACAGGGUUCUCUUGGAGACGCAGUGAUCAUUGGGAUGUCCAACAUGGAGCAGUUGGAGCAGAAUCUGAACUACAGCGAGGAGGGCCCACUGCUUCCACCUGUAGUGGAGGCGUUUGACAAAGCCUGGAAGCUGACUGCACACGACUGCCCCAACUACUUCCGCUAGAGACUGAGAGGGAAGUGCAGGCAGCUGAGCAGUACGGAGCAUAAAUGUGAGGUACUCACCCACACUGCCCUCUGGGUGGCAGGCUGUGAUUUGUCUCGUUAAUGAAGCUUUGUAGGAUCGGCCAUUCCUGUGCCUACACUACCCCUGUCAGCACUACAGGUGUGGGGCCAUGCCUUACACUUUCUCCCCUCGGGGACCCUUACCCAGUACAUGCUGUGAUUAAAAAUGCACUUAAUCAAGGGAAGUGGAGCACAUAACUGAGUGAAGGUUUUAGUUCUGCUUUCAGUUAAUAACGAAUCUUGAGUGCGGAUGAGAAUAAACCAUUUUUCUAAUGCA